AUGUCAGGCGCUGCUCCCGCACCUCCUGCUACUGCUGACAGUACUGCUCGCUCCCAGUGGCACACCCGUGAUGCCCACGCUCGCCUAGCCGUUCGCACCCACCUGCCGCUAGAUGAGCGCGAGCACUUCGGACAGCAUAAGACCGCUAAGGAGCUAUACGACGCAGUAGUCGCGCGCUACUCCUCCCCUGCCACUGCUGCUAUAGGCCGUCACUCUCUGCCCUACCUCUUCCCCGACCAGUCCGCCUUUGCCACUGUAGCUGACCUCAUCACCCACCUCCGUACCAGUGACCUCCGCUACCUCAGGGACCAGUUUCUCGCCCUCUCCCCCACUGACCUCACUGUCAACCUCCUCGAGAAGGAACUCCUAGCAGCUGAGAAGAGCAUUGUAGCUGUAGGUGCCUCUUGUGGUGACCCACGCACCCCCUUCUUUGAGGGGUGCUCCCCCUCCCCCCUCCUCCCCUCCAUUGCAUCUGCUACUGCUGUCGACUACCUCGGAGCUGAAGGGAUUGGGGCUGCGUCUGCUCCUAGUGGGAGGCGCAAGGGCGGGAGGGGCAAGGGGGGCAAGGGUGGUGGAGGUGGAGGUGGGGGCGGCGGCGGUGGAGGGGGUGGGGUGGGCGGGGGUGGUGGCGGAGGUGGGAGUGGCGCGGGUGGUGGGGGGGUCGGUGGCGGAACAGGGAGUGGUGGCGGCGGCGGUGGUGGAGGUGAUGGGGGCGGUGGUGGUAGUGGUGGCGGCGGUGGAGCGGGUGGCGGGCGCGGUGGAGCGGUACAGCGUGGGGGGUUCGGCGGUGGCCAGAGGCAGCAGCAGCAGCGUCCCGGUGAGACUCCCUCGCCCCACCAACUCUAUGAGUGGUACUCUCAGCGUGGGGGGUCUGGGGGUGGAGGUACCUGCCCUGAGGCUGCAGCUCUAGGUGCUAGCACGUCUGCUCCUCCAGGUCCUGGUGAGGCUGCUGCCCUAGGUGCUAGUGCGUCUGCGUCUGCUGGUACCGCACCUACUGAGGCACUACACACCUUCACACAGGACUCAGGUGCUUCCCGCUGUUUCUUUCGCGACCGCACUGCCCUCGAGCAGCUUCCUAGACCGGUUGCUGUCUCCCUGGCUGACCCCUCAGGGGGUCCGGUCCUUGCAACCUCCACCAGUGCCCUCCCUUGUCCUGCUGUCCCGUCUGGCAAGUUGUCGGGCCUCUACCUCCCCUCGUUCUCUACGAACUUGGUGGUGGGGUCCGCGCUCGAGGACGCGGGUGUUCACCAAUUCACCCCGGCCUACGAGCGUGUGACGCACUACACGUGUGCCCGGACGGGCCGUCACAUGGCUACCUUCACUCGGCAGCCGGGGUCGGACUUAUACACACUGACCACUGAGUCCCCUCAGGUAGCUGCGUCUGCGUCUGCGUCAGGUCAGCUCUCGGCCCCCUGCUCGUGUCGCUCCCUGUCGCACAGGACUGUCCUCUGGCACCACCGCCUUGGUCACCCGUCACUACAGCGCCUUCGUGGCAUGCACUCCAGGUACCUUGUCUCUGGUCUUCCCAGAGUUCUCCCUUCCCUGCCACCCUUGCCUGCUCCUCCCAGUCUUCUCUGUGUCGAAGGGCGGCAUCGCACCGCUCCUCACUCCUCCUCGUUCCCUCCCACAGAGGCUCCCCUGCAAUCUCUCCACCUGGACGUGUGGGGCCCCGCCCGCGUCCAGGGACAGGGCCACGAGCGGUACUUUCUGCUGGUCGUCGACGACUACACGCGCUACACCACAGUCUUCCCCUUGCGUACCAAGGCCUAUUGUGCGGAGCACGGCAUCUGCCAAACGUUCACUCUCCAGGCCUCUCCGCAGCAGAAUGGGGUUGCUGAGUGCCGCAUUGGUCUUGUCAUGGAGGUCGCUCAUACCUCCAUGAUCCUUGCGGCUGCCCCUCAUUUCCUGUGGCCGUUUGCAGUGCAGUACGCCGCGCAUCAGCUCAACCUCUGGCGCCGUGUCUCCGUUCCGGAGACCUCGCCCACCCUGCGUUGGACGGGGGAGGUUGGUGAUGCGUCGGUGUUCCGAGUCUGGGGAUGUCAAGCUUUUGUCCGCGAUACGUCCGCGGACAAGCUCUCGUCCCGUGCCGUUCCCUGUGUCUUCCUUGGCUUUGUCCCUGACGCGCCUGGCUGGCAGUUUUACCACCCCACCUCGCGUCGUGUCUUCGCCUCUCAAGACGUCACCUUUGACGAGUCGGUUCCCUUUUACCAUCUCUUCCCCUACCACACUGCCCCGCUCCCCCCCCCGCCACUUUUCCUCACCCCAGGUGUCCCGUCGGUAGACCCCCUCCCUCCUCAGGGUGCUGCUCACUCAGGUGUUUCCCAGGUAGACCCAGUCGAGUCUGUCGAGGUAGCUGUUGACUCAGGUCCUGCGCGAGGUACUGAGCGUGCUGAGCCUGGUGGUGCUGGGUCUGGGGGCACUAAGACUGGGGGUGCUGAGCCUGGGGGUGCGGAGACCGGGGGUGCUAAGCCUGGGGGUGCGAAGACUGGGGGUGCUGAGUCUGGGGGUGCGAAGACUUUGGGUGAUGAGCCUGGUGGCGCUCCCUCUUCACAGCAGCUGCUUGAGUGGUACUCCCAGCGCUACAGCCUCCGUUGUGGGGCUACUGGAGCUGGGGGGUCAGCUGGAGUCGGGGCUGGUGGCCCAGCACGUGCAGUGCCGCAGCUAGAGCCUCCCUCCCCUCAGCGGCUACGUGAGUGGUAUGCUCGGCGCUGCAGCCUCAGGAGUGGAGCUCCUGGUGUUGAGGUACCGCCAGCUAGAGGCCCUGCUACUGGAGAUACUGCUGGUGCUGCUGGAGGUGCUGCUAGUGCUGCUGGAGGUCCUGGAGCUGCUGGAGGUGCUGCUGGUGCUGCUGGCGGUUCUGGAGCUGCUGGAGGUGCUGCCGGUGCUGCUGGAGGUGCUGCCGGUGCUGCUGGAGGCUCUGGAGCUGCCGGAGGUGCUGCUGGUUCAGCUAGUGGUUCUGGUGCUGUCUCUGCUGCUUCUGGGGGCACUUCACGACCGCGGCCGUACUUCGUUCCGCUCCUUCAGCAGGUUCUUGGUCAGCCGCCUCCUCCUAGUCCUCCUCCCUCCUUAGAGUGUGCUCCGCCUGUCCAGUCGCAGUCCCAGCUCCCGCCUGCCUCGCGACUUCCUGGUCCUUCUCCCUAUACUGAUCCGACAGGCGGUCUUACAGAACUUCGUGAGCCUCAGUCUCGUCCUGUGUCGCCUGUGUCUCGUCCUGUGUCACCUGUUCGUGCUGCUCGCACUGGUCCCCGUGGUCAGCGUGAGCGUCCUCCACCUGUGCUUGGCACACACUUUAUGACUCUACGUCCUUCCACUGCUUCAGAGCGUGUCCCUCUGCCGUCUCCUCUUGAGUCCUCUCUUCCUGUCCUUGCUGACCCGGAGUCUGACUCUCUUUGUGCUGCCAGUCCUACUGUCACCCGUCUCCUGGCCACUGCUGACACUGACCCUUCCUUUGAGUCUGCUGCUGCGUCUGCCCUAGUUGGUGAGCUUGUCGACUUUGCUGCUCACUGUCGUCUAGACUACGCUCCGAGUCUUGUUGCUGAGUCUGAGUCUGUCUGUCCUCCGUCCGUCGGGGGUGAGUGUGCUCUAGGCACGGACGUCCUUGAGGACACAGAGGAGGACCUUGAGUGUCUUGCAGCCGCUGCGCCUCAUCUCGUGUCCAUGCUGAUUGCCCGUGAGGGAGAACUGGAUGCUCCAGACAUCCCGACCCCGCGCUCUUACGCUGAGGCGAUCGCGGGUGAGUACUCCUCUCAGUGGCUGACAGCUAUGGACGUAGAGAUGGCAUCCUGGAAGUCCACUGGCACUUACGUCGACGAGGUUCCCCCUCCUGGGGCGAACAUCGUCAGUGGCAUGUGGAUUUUCAGGGUGAAGCGGCUGCCGGGUUCUCCGCCUGUCUUCAAGGCUCGUUACCGUGACUACGAGCUUCACUCUCUUGACUUCAGCACAGCUUUCUUGCAGGGCAGCCUGCACGAGGAGAUCUUGCUGCGCCGCCCUCCUGGCUUCACUGGGUCGUUUCCUCCUGGUACCGAGUGGAGCCUCCGGCGGCCGGUCUAUGGUCUCCGCCAGGCGCCACGUGAGUGGCACGACACACUGAGGACUACUCUUGCGGCACUUGGGUUCGCGCCUUCUACUGCUGACCUGUCGCUGUUUCUGCGCACGGACACUUCGCUGCCGCCGUUCUACAUCCUCGUGUACGUCGACGACUUGGUCUUUGCCACUGCUGACACUGAGGCUCUCGCCAAUGUGAAGUCGGAGCUGCAGAAGAGACACACGUGCACAGUCCUGGGUGAACUGCGCAGCAACCUUGGCUUGCAGAUCACCCGGGACAGAGCACGCCGCACCAUCACACUGACUCAAAGCUUCGGCUUCACCUUGUCUUCAGCACAGGCCACUCCUCUUGCUAUAGCUCACUCGCUCUCAGCUCUGCCUUCGGAUGAGUCCGUAGAGCCGAGUGGUCCUUACCCAGAGCUAGUUGUUCUCAGCUCUAGUUGUGAGGCUGAGAUCUACGCCACAGCCAUGGCUGCACAGGAGUUACGCUGGCUCACCUACAUGCUGACCGACCUGGGAGAGCGGCCUCGUUCUCCUCCAGUGCUGUACGUCGACAACAAGGCUGCCAUUGCCUUGUGUGAGGAGCACGGACUGGAGCACAGAACGAAGCACAUCGCUCUACGUUACUUUCUGGCUCGAGAGCUGCAGCAGCCCGGUCAGCUUCGUCUGCGUUACGUGGCCACUCAGGCCAACACUGCUGAUAUAUUCACCAAGGCACUUCAGCCUGGUGAUCAUCAGCACUUCUGUACUUUGUUAGGGCUUGUGCCCACUUUGCCUCACUUGCUGUAG